AUGCAGCGUCAAAAGAACGAUGUUUACGUCAAGCAGCGUCUCCAACCCAAGGCGACAUCCUCCUCCCAGCUCGAACAAGACUUUGAUAAAGUAGUCGGCAGAGGGUUCUUGCGAGCGGGGAGGGUGAUUGUUGACCUCGGUGCUGCUCCAGGAGGGUGGAGUCAGGCUAUGUUGGAGCGAGCAAGCAAAGACCGAAACAAGUUGGGAGAUUGCAGCAUGACGGGAAGGAUGACCAGGGUGUUUGCGUUGGACCUCCUGCCUGUGAUUGGAAUCGAAGGUGUUCAGUCUAUCCAAGGCGACUUUCUCGAUCCAGCGGUACAAGGCAAGCUUAGACAGAUGGUCCAAGAUGCAACGGUGACAGGAGAAUGCAAAGAAGGCGAGACAGGCGGAAAUCAAGGCUUCGUCGACAUCGUUGUGAGCGACAUGAUGGCCAACACCACAGGAAACCCAGUCACAGACACAGAAGCAUCUCUCGAGCUGUGCCGGGCAGCAGCGAGGUUCGCAUUUCAAACACUAAAACGUGACUAUCAUCUCUCCAAACAAGUGGAAGGGGAUACGCGCAAGCCUCGGUCACUGAAAGCGCUAGCGGCGAAGUCAUCUGUACUAGUGUUGAAGCACUUCAUGUCGCACGAAGCUGAUGUGUUUCGCAAAGAGGUGCUUCAAAAGCAUUUCCAUCUUGUCAAAGCGGAAAAGAUGAACGCGAGUCGGAAGGAGUCCAGAGAGCAAUUCUGGGUUUGUAUAGGCUACAAAGGCCCUCUUUCGCCAAGAAGUAAGCAAUGA